CUCAAGCAGCAAGGAAAAUGCAGCAGAGGCGCCCACUCUACACUACAUUGCCUUCACAGACCUUCGAAUCACCUGAAAAGCUUUUUUCUAUUUUCCACACACUGCUCCAUCGGACUGGCCACUCCGGACCUAUGAUCGUCCUAGGAUGAUUCAAUUUUUUCAUGAAGACACGCAAAUGUCCAGUACGAUGAUGUAGCUUUAUAUCUUCGGAUCCUAUCCCAAUAAAGGAGUUAUAGGGCCUAAAAUAGGCUCGACAACGUCUGACGAUGACCAAUACAUCCGCAUAGGAGGAUAAAUCUCUAACGAAAUAGAAGAACUUGAAUAAGUUAAAGGUUAAGGUGACCUAAUUAAAUUGUGGCUUCUGUUGUGGCCGAUACGAGACCAAUCCUAUCAGAGAUCUUGAAAAGCUUGCCAUUCAAAAGUUCCCCAUCCACAAUCCACUCAUGGAUGUAAGAGACAUAUUUCAGGGUGUCUUUGUAGCGCUUUAAACGCGUUCUUGUUUAAUGUGCUCCACAACUCGAUCAGAGUUAUACUAACGUACAGUAUUGAUGCCAAGAAUUCUCCUGAGGUAUUUCAGAUGAAAAAUUAUUAAUUUUUUUGGCAUGGCUUUGGUACACCGUCCAUGUCUCAGCACCAUGCAACACGGUUAGAAGGGCCACAGCUUUGUAGAGUUUUAACUUAUUGUCUUUGUGCAAAUGCCAAGCAGUCCCAAUUCUUGUUCUGGGCCUUCCAAAGGAUGUGCAAUUAGCUUUUUUCAUUCAUAAAACUUUUUCUGCAUCGAUGCCGGCAUUUGAAGAUAUCACUGCCAAGAUACUAAAUAAGCUAUCAACAUUACUCAAGUGUUGUUCUAUGAGGCCUAUAAUUGUGAUUUUAAGAGGAGGGUCUGCGUAUCACUUGGGACAGGCUGGAAAAAAAAACUUCUGUCUUUGCUGUGCUUACCAUUGUCCAUGGCCUUCAGUAAGUCUAAGAAUAGCAUUUAUUAUCCUGUUGACUUUCCGCCAAAUAUGUUAUUUAUAUUUCCCCUAUCCCCUUUGAGACCGGGCCUUUCUUUUUUUAAAAAUGCAUAGUACAUGCAUGUAUAUAAUUAAGCUACAUAAUAUAUUUCUAAGAAUUAUUUCUCUUUUUGUGUUGGGGAGGAAACGGGAUCGAAUUAACGACUGGCUAGAUGCAAGGAGGGUAUUUUUUCUCCUUUUUUCUGUUCUUUUUCACGCUAUGGUCAAAACGCCGACUCCUGCAUGAUUGCAGCGAACAACAACAUCGAUUUUGGUGGCAUAAAGGUCUUUUUUUUUAUUGAACCCUCCCCCCUUAAAAAAAAAAGCAGCUCCCUUCCUCUUCCAAAAAUUUUCUUCGCUUAAGUCAAUAUUUAUUAGUAUGUUUCAGAGGCGGAAAAAUGAACAUGGUGUUUUAUUAUUGUAUUAUUCAAAGGAAAAUAAUUAAUUUCACGUUUAAAGGUAACAUUUUGCAUGGGGGUUAUGUUGUUUCGUUUUCAAGGUCUCGUCAGCUGUAAAUAAUUAGUCUUUUUAAUAGACUGAUGGAGUAUUGCCGAGUUGCUUUUGUCCUCUCAAAUUGUUCGCUUAUUCUGCAGUGUGGCUUAUAUUAUGUUUUAGUUUUUAAAAGUAGUAGGCUAGUUUUAGGAAUGAGCCGUAAUACAAAAAAUAUUUUUAGGUAAAUAUCUAGCCGACUGGAUGCUGUUCAUAUUUUUUUCUUUUCAUGUUUGAAUUUUAGGUACAACAACUAAUUUGAGCAACUACCUCAUGGAUUAUCUGGCAAACGUGCAUGAACCAUUCAAAUUUCUGCAUGUGCUCGUGUUUACAUUUGUAUUACACAUGAUUUUUCAAGGUAAAUCGGCUAUAACAGAUCUUCUUGGCACAUUAACUGAUGAUCUUUGCUGCUGACUAUGGCAUCUGCAUUGUGUGGGGAGGAUGGUUCUGUGAGUGACUUGCAGCUAGCACCAGGGCUGCCAUCACCUGACACUUCUGAUGAUGAGGACAUUAAAAGUUAUGCAGACUAUCGCAUCACAGUCCCACAUUUCUGCAACAAGCUGAGGGAAUUGACAAGACCACUUCUGUGCCUCAGCCAUGGUUUGCCGUCUCCAACUAAACAGCUUAGAGAAACUGGCAAUACAAGAAACAAGGAGUCAAAGGCAAAAAAGAGGUUGUUCAAAGGCGGUCAAGACCCUCCCUGUGCAAUCAUCGAGCGGCGUUAUGGAUAUGUUCCCAACCCAAGAUGGCCCAAGCCAUUUUCUGGCCACAGCUCCAGACAUUUUGAACCUAAGGGUGUAAAGGGCAAGGCUGACAAAGUGCCUGGUGUCGUUUUUCGCAAGUCGUCCUCCUACUCUAGCUCCAGAGAUCACUCAGGAUAUCGCAGGCGGGAGCAGUCCUACCAGGAGAAUGAUUUCCCAGAGCUGGGAUCACUGGACUCAGACAAGUCCCAGCUGUCUAGCUUUGGUCAUUCACUCAGGUCUGGUGACUCUGCAGAAGACAGAGAGCACUCUCGUAGCCACAACAGGAGUUCUCUCCACCGGGCAGACACCAGUAGAGUGUCUAGUGGUCACAGCUCAUUACUGACCUCUACUCCUGUAAAAAGAGAUGGCCGAGUCUCCUCGGACACUUACACGCCCAGUCCUAUCUCAGCACAUCACCGUGUCACACCCAGUCCCAUAGGAGCGCAGCGUGCAGUCAGUAUUGUGUCAAUGAGGGAAUCUGUGUCACCAGGUAGCCCUGUUGCUGUACUGAGUGAUGCAAAGCCAAGUGUUGUAGGGCAGGUAGAGGCAGUUGUGUCCAGUCCUGGUCAGUCAUACCGAAGACCCAGGAAGUUGUGUCCUAGCCCACUGGCUCAGGAGACUUCAUGCUCUGACACUUCGCGUUCAGGUGCACCUUUGAAGUCAUCUUCAUGGCUGUCUGCUACGAGUGAAGAACCUGGCGAUGUGAAAUUUAGCCCAUCUCGUGGCUCGUCCACAUCCUGGUCCGAUAUGGUACGGAGUGAUUCAGCGGGUGAGAUGAGAAAAGGCACAGAGAAGGGGAGUCCUAGUCUGACAUCUAGUCACAACAGUACCGGCAGUCAACCUGGAGAGAUGUUGCAAAGUGGGUGUGACCCUGUAGCAGGUCAAAUUCUGGCCAGUCCCACAGCCUCAUCCUCUCUUGAACGGCGACAUCGAAAGGGCAACCAACGCAAGUGGACACCGCUAUCUGCAGCCUCCACUGAGCCUAAGCAGAUGGUGGGUGUCGGCGAUAAGUCUCCGUCGCAGCUAGUGAGUCAGUCUGCGUGGAGUAGAGGGACCACUAGCUCCUCAUCACUACAAGGCUCUGGCUUACUGGUCAGCGGGAAGUGUCGAGAUUCGCCAGCCAGUCCCCUGCAAGAGUGGCCGCACAACGCCCGGAACAGCUCUCCUUCUGUAGCAGGAUAUGCUGGGGCCUGGGGUCAUGGGGCUGCCUCUCGUGUCACCUCCCCUCUGGCUGCCCAGAACCAUGAUAUCAAUCCUGGUGACCUGGCCACAAAGUCCCAACCAAGGGUAUCCCGGGCCUCUGUUGGAGACUCUUCAUCCUCUCAUAUGGUGUCGCAACCUUCACCUUCUGUUUCGCCCAUUCCAGGGGAGGUUUUGGCUGAGCAAAGUCAAAAUGAACUGCGGAGAGGCAAGGGGAAGAAAGUUGGGACUUUAAAUACGAUCCAUGGAGACGCCAAAGAGUGCAAGCCAGUGGCUGGUUCUCAGAGGUCUGGGAAGAGAAACAGCAACAACAAUAACUACAAUAAAAUUCAACCUCUGACACUGGAAAACUUCAUUCCAAAACCUCAGAAGGGGAAGGGGAAAAAUUCAUUACCGAAAAAUGAAAAGGAUAUGAUCUUGUUGAAGAGUCGUUUCAUGGAGGACUUGAAGGCUAACCCAACCUCACCCCCUAAGAAGAUUCAACCGUCACCUAUUAAAAGACUGAGUUUUUCCGAUCAGAAAGCAGAUCUUCCAACCCCUUUGGGUUCUGUGUCAGUAUGUGGAGAUGGUGGAGAUUCCCUGGCAGGUAGUGUUGAACAGUUGAAAAGUUUGAAAAAGUUGUUGAGUGAUCGUGAAGGCACAGACCGACCACUGGAUGAACCUGGUGUGUGUAAAACUAAUCCCAGCAAACGGAGCCAGGUGGUUCUCAAAGACAAAACAGUGAAGGAGAUUGAUCUAAAGCUUGUGUGUUCUCUGGAAAAGUUAAUGACAGAAGAGGCCAAUGGCAAAGAUGUGUUUGAAGAUGAAGACGAAGGUGAAGACGACUAUACACCGACAGAGACAAGCCUUUCUGAAGCUAAGCAGUUUUGGGAACUGAGGCCAGUGAAAAGCUCAAGUCCGACGUCAAAGAGUACGAUGCAUCAUGAGACAGCACACGUGGCAGGAGCUGAUAAGCCUGAGCUCGCCACCUCUUGCCCGCCGAUAAGUGGAAAGGUGACUAUGGGCGUUGACCAGGCCCCUGUAAAGGGUGUUGAAGACCAAGCCAGAGUGGAGAACUGUGUUGACCAGCCUGGCAUUGAGACUUAUGUUGACCAGGCUAGCGUGAAGGAGGGUGAUGACCAGGCCAAGGUAGAGGGGAGUGGGGAAAAGGCGUGUGUUCAGAGCAAUAGUCUCCAAGCCAACAAAGAAGUCUCUGGUGACCUAGUCUUGCCCUCUUUGGUCACUUGCAAGCAACAGCUCACGAAAUAUGCCCGACGCUACUGCUAUUUCAUUGAAGAGCACCAGGUGCCAAACGUGGCUGUGGAGCUGUACUUCAUCAUCCAGCUGCUAACGGCUACAGAGCUUGACACAGAUGCACUUAACAGAAUAGAAAGUAUAUAUGGCGAAUGUGUGUUCUGUUCGGUCCCAAAUGGUGUUUACUUUGCUGUGAGAGUCCUGGAGCGCCUUAAGAGGUUGUUCCUGUCAUUGGACAAAGCUUAUUUGGAGCUCCUGGUUGACAACCCGAGGGUUGCCAUAUUUUCUCCAUCCCUGCAGGCCUGUGUUGAGAGAGCACUGAAGGAGAGAGUGGUGGACUAUGUGGUGCCUUCCCAAAUGGACCACACAAGUUUUGAUCCACUACAUGACGGGAUCUUGAGCUUCCCUGAUACCAACUAUGCUCACGUGUUCAAGUGUCAACGGGACAAUUUUUAUGCGUUUUACCGCCACUACCACGACACCAGUAGCGCAUAUGAGUUCAAGAUGGAAAACCAGAUCUUGUACGUGUAUGACGGGAGUACGGCUGAGCAGAACUCGGUGGUGAACCUCAUGCACCUGGCCAGGCUCUUCCUGGACCACAUGCUGCUGUGCUGUGUGAAGCAAGCAGGGGAAAAGGUAGACAUUUUCAAGAUGAUCAGAAGUAGAGGUCAAGAUGAGGAGCAGUUUAACAGUUUGUACGCAGCCUUCAUGGAACUGUUCAGUGUGACCUCAGGCUCGGCUUGCCCAUCCCCGGGCUUCUCGGAUCAGCAAAUGUUUUUUCCAGACUUUGUAGAGACCCUGAGUUGUCCUGCCUUCAAUGAGCACUUGCGCUGCCUUGUAGUGGCCAGGAUACUGCAGCUCAACUCCCAGACGUUUGAUUCGGUACUGAAUCUUCACUCAUCUGUGACUGUUGGAGAGAGUGAUACUCCAGUGCGCACUGAGAAAUUCACAGAAACUGUGCUGUCACUGUGUGUACUGGGGAGGUUGUUGGGUUAUCUCACCUUCUCCAUGCAUCGCAACCAGCCACAGGACCUGCCCCCAGAGCAAUCAGCAAUGAUGAUCAACAUCAGAGAGAUGACCCCGCUUCCCGUUCCUCUGCCAUUGCUGCUGAAGCAGGCAUUUGACCAGGGUCACCUGAGCCUGACUGUACCCUGGUUGGUGGAAUAUCUGGCUAUGAUGGACAAACUGGCACCUCAGCUCUCCAUUUACGCGGCUCUCCUGAAGAGGUUGCACUUCAUUCAAAGGUAUGCGUGGGAGAAUCUGUAUAAACAAGGCCACAGCAACUCUGGCCUCCUUGUGGUCUCCUGCAUCAGCUGGCUCUUUGAGAGUCCAGCUGUACCAUCCGGUUAUUUCUUCUCCCUGGGUGACGUGACGAGUGACGCUCAUGGUGUCAGAACUAAUUGCAAGCCGUUCCACAUUGAUUGCCAGAAAUUAGUGUCUCAGCGACUGCUUUCCUCCUGCUGCCCCUACCUUGAACAAGGUCAGGUUCUCCUCACGUUCUUUGCCCUGAAGCAGAGGCCGACAGGUAAGGGCACGGUGGGCAUGUUUCAUCUGCCCGACAUUGGGCAAAAGUCUGACCUGGAGCCAGCCCCUGCAGGUGGCCGUGCCAGUGACAGGGCAGAGAUUGAAGCGUGGCUGGGCUCCUCACUGACUGGUUCUACCAACAAGAGCUCUGGGACUGGCUUGUCCAGAGAGGUGGAGCAGCGCGGGAGAAGUCUGGUGAUUGAUGAUGAAGUGGUCCCGGCCUAUGUGCUCACACGUCUGCUGGCUAGGAAGGAAGAUGAUGACAGUGAGGACCUGGAGAAGAACUUCAUGGCAGGUGACAAGUUUCUGCUAAGCAGUAUUGACUCAGCCUCGGAGCUUGUGGCCUCCAAAGUACAGGACUUCGCCUGCCGGAGCAUCCUGCCUUACCUUGUGUUUGAGGCCAAGGUCCUGGUCAGGCGACAGUUCCAGGAGAUGGACCAGGGCGAUGAUGUUGAAAGACUGAAGAACAAUAUCAAGACCACUGUGAACAUCAAAGCAGGCAAAUUUUGCAGGAGAGCUGAGAGAACUUUCCAGAACAUCGCAGAAAGGGUGCUGGACCAGGACCUCCAGAGUCUGAUAAAGUUUCUCAUGUCGCAUGUGGAGGAGGGCAUCAGGGACAAUGCAGUAUGCAUAGCCAGAAGGAAGACGAUGAAAUCGCUACAUGAGUGGGCACGGGUACAGAUUAAUGCAGCUCUGUUCCGCCGUGUCAUCGUCCGUGAAGCUGAGAAGUGUGCUGGAGGCAACCCAAGACACUUAAGCCUUUAUCCCAACGACUUUUCAAAGAAACCUGCGGAACCCACGCACCCUGCCCUGGACACUGGCUGUGUGGAACUGAAGCAACUCUCUGAUCUCAUUGAUAGGGCAAUGUCGCAUGGCAUCUGGUACAUCAAUGCCCUCACGCCUGGCCCCCGACCUGACGAGGCUGAUUUACUCAAACUUAUCCGAGACUUCACAGCGUGCCUCGAGAAAAAAAUGAUUACCAUGGACUUUGCCUUUUAUGUCAUGUCAAACUUCCUCAUGCAUCUCAUCAUUCAGUACAUGGUGGACGCUCCUCACAACUGGACUGAGGCUACAGAGACAUCGUUCAUCAUUUUGUGCCGGCAGUGUCGAACCUGGGAGGCUGAGGACAACCAGGUGACCACGCGACUGUCGGAGUAUGUGCACAAGAAGAAGCGCAUGAAGAUCAAAGUGAUGAACUUUCUGUCUGUCCACUGUGUGCAGUGGCUUGCCAAGAGUGAGACACAGAUGGAGACCCUGAUGUGUUACACCAAGCUGUUGUUCCGGCUGGUGGAGUCCGAGCUGCUACACGUGGACACGCUGGUCAAGCGACUACUGCACACGCGGGGAAACAGGAACUUGGACUCUGACCACAGGGCCACCGUCAACCGCGUUCUGGUCAAACUGCUGCAGAUGUUGUACGAGGCCUCGGACUCGGACGACUGUACGUACAGCAAGAGCUGUGUUCUGAGCCAAGUGGAAAAUUUACUGGGGGCAGAGACUGGAGAAGCGGAUGAUGGGGCCGAGAAUGCUCCGCUUUUGACGGAGCUCAGGCAAGUGUUUGGCCACAUUCUCACAGACGCAGAAGUACUUGUCUCAUGUUAAGUGUUGGUGCACUGUCAGCGGUUACCUUGUCCCUCUCACCGUAACAUAACUCUGGUAAUGUCACCACACUCGCUGGAGUAACCGCAGACUCCGUACUGGCUUCUGUGGUGUAGUGGUUAGUUAAGCGAUUAGCCGUCGCUUGCAGAAGGCCUGAGCUCGAUUUCCCUUUUGGGAGAAUUUUCACAGAAUAUCUUGAUCUCAUUGCGGGAAUGUUGUUUCCCUCUCAGCUAGAGUUGGCAGGAUUGGAGCCGGCCUCGUAAAUGAUCUGAAUCAUGUGGAUAUUGACUUACAAAAACCAAGCGAAAUAUAUCACUAGUGAUGGUAUAUGAAAUUAUUAUUCUGCAGCAGAAAGAACCAUAACUCACACAGGGUCAUUGCCGUGUUUACAGGGCUGCCUAUUUCUAUCGAUUUUUCUGGUAGUUAUCAAUUUUGAACUUGUACUAUCACCAUGAUAAAGGUGUCAAUACUACUGGUUGUCAAAACUACUGAUUUUGCAAUGGGUGCCAAAUUUUAUUUUAAAAAAGGAAUGCAGUGCUUCCAAUCUUUGGUGUUUUUACAGAAAUCCUUACAUUCUAAAAGUUGCUGCCCUAUCAUAGUACUAGCCUAUCAACUACAUCCGUAUGUAGAGACUCUAUAAGACGUCAGUUUGUGAACUAAUACAGACAGUUUAAUAUGUACUCACAAACACCGUAUGAUAUAUAUAUAUUAGGUAUAUACAUACCCUUGAUGUCAAAUGUGAAGAACUUAUCACUGAUAUUAAUGAUGGGAUAAGGGCCUGUGUGCAGUUGUUAAAGAGGGGGCCUUGGCAGUCAGUGCGGAGGUAGACAUCACCUGUUGAAGAUAAGUUUAUGGAUAUGUAGGUUGUUGAGGAUUGAUCAGAGGGGCCUGUCACCUGAACUUCUUGUACGGUUAGAGAGCAUGAUUCAUAAAAAUAUGAUUGGUAGCCUCAGCAAGUUUUUUGAGGUCUCUAUAAUUAUGCUCUGAAAAUGCAUCGAAUGUCUUGUGCCAAUAUAAAGAGUGCCACCUACAUCCAACACCUAGCCAUAUCGGAUAAGGGUGAAAAAAUAUCGGAAGUCCCGUGUGCAAAUUGUGCUCGUUAAAGAUCCCUGAUGCAGUGCC